AUGAUGAUUAUCGAGGUUUUUGUCACUUUGUUUCUCGUUUGGUUCAUCUGGUUCUUCAUCAAUGCCUACAUGAAAAGAAAGAACAUGCCUGCUGGACCAUUUCCCUAUCCUUUCGUUGGUAAACUUCCUCAAAUCAUCUUUGCUGAUCCUAUCAGAUCAUUUCAUAAACUAGCUGAGAAAUAUGGAGAUAUUUUCACUGUUACUUUUCCCAGCGGCAACGCUGUUAUCGUGAGUACAGCAUCCCUAGCGCGUGAAGCAAGGCUUGCCCCCGGGAGACAAGAAGAUCUUAUGGGAAAAUCACCGGAGUCUAUAUAUCCGAUUGACGAGAUAAUUGGCGGUAUUUUCGCCGCACGUGAUUACUCAGACGCAUAUCUUUUUGAGAAGAAAGUGUUCGUAUCAGCAAUGCAUAUUUUUGAAGCUGGAAUAGAGCAAGCAUUUGCCGCGAUUUUCAGCAGACAAGCGCUAAUUAGUUCAAUUUAUCAGUUAUUUCCGUUCCUAUGUUACUUACCCACGCAAUUCACUUGGGAAAUAAAGCGAGCAAAACAGAUUCGAGAAACGAUUUUCCCGAAGGAAUAUCGAGCCCACCAGGAGAGUUAUAUUCCAGGCACAAUACGCGAUCUCACAGAUAGCUUCAUAAGUGCUUAUGAAAAAGAACUUGCCAAAGAGACAAGGGAAGAUAUUGGCACGAAAGAUACUGGUAUUCCAGGCUUGAUGCUGAAUGUGAUUCUUGGGGGAUCAGCAAAUAGCUCAACAUGGCUAACUUGGUUUUUUCUUUAUAUGGUCUUAUAUCCCAAUGUGCAAAGCAAAAUACACGAAGAAUUGGACAAGGUCGUGGGACGUGAUCGUCUGCCAAACUGGAAAGAUGAAAAAAGCUUCCCAUAUCUUCAAGCUACCUUAUGUGAAGUCGGAAGGACAUCAGGUAUGAUGACGCUCGUCGGAACAAACACGAUUCGUGACACAACCAUCGCUGGUUAUCACAUUCCAAAAGGAACAUUGGUUGGCCUAAAUGUUUCAAAAGUGCAUGAGGAUAAACGAGAAUGGUCAGAACCUGAGGAAUUCAAACCUGAAAGAUUUCUGGAUAAGGAUGCCAAGUUCGUCGGUUGGAAUAAACUGCAUGGAUUCAUGCCGUUUGGCAUCGGUCGUAGAGAAUGCCCUGGUCAAGAUUUGGCGAGGGUAAUGAUGUUCUCGUUUGCUUCAAUGUUAUUAUUAUUAUUAUUAUUAUUAUUAUUAUUGAAACUUAUUUACAAACAAUAACCCUUCAGCCUACGCUGCUUUUAAAGGGGUUGUUUACAUAAAAGAAAGUACAAAAUAAAUAUUUACAAAAUAGUAUAAGUAUUUACAAAAUAGUGUAGUUGACUAGGAGUCUUUACAAUUGGAUAUUUUUUUCAACGUAGGUGAUUGUUGAGCUUAGUUUUAAAAGAAUGUAUCGUCAACUGUUCGUGAACGUCUAA